AGUAUUAUUUUCUUUGAAUAAUGGAAAAUUGGGUACUGUAUUUGCUCAUCCAGAAGAUUCAUUGGUUUCUGUUAAUAUUAAAAGAGGUAUUAUUUCUGGAUUUGCUAUUUCACCAUCAUCUACAGAUGGUGAAGAAAAGUUACAUAGAGAUAUACAUGGUACUUGUCCAAGAAAAAUCUUUUAUAAGAAUAAUCGCAGGAUAUCAUCAUCUAAAGAUAUGCAAAGAUGUGCUUUUCCAAGUCAUCCAGGUUGGCAUCUUAGUCCAUGGUCAUUUUUUUGGAACAUGAGUUUCAUUCAAUAUUUAAUCAACUCAUCUGCUGACUGUGAUUAUUUACUUAAUGUAAGACAAGAUGAAUUAGAAAGCAUUUCAUGUCAUGAAAGACAUGCAAUUCUACUUGAUUCUUCACAACGAACAGCAAAUGCAGUUCAAACAAAUAUAAAAUAUAGACUUGAAUUGGAGUCUUCAAGCAGAAAAUCAUUCAAGCAAACAUAUAGAUUGAAUGAGAUGCGUAGUACAGGAAUAGAAUUUGAGUAUGAAGAGACUCCUGAUCCACUCUUACAAUCAUCAGAUAUACUGAAUGAAGUUCAAAAAGUUUUAUCUGAUUUAGUUAUUAAUAGUCAGGAUAAAAUACAUCUAGGAAAUGUUCCAAAGUUUCAUGAGUUUGUAACACUUCUCAGGAAAUCAUGUGAUUUGAUCCCUUUCAUUGAUUCAGUAAUUUCAUGCAAAUUCUUGGAAAAUGUUCCUCGUUGUAAUAAAUUACAAAAGGAACUUGCUUUGGAUUAUCUCAAGGAUGCUUUAGUCCAGUGCAAUACAGCAUGUUGCAUAAAAGGAAUUCGGCAUUUGAUUGCUAGAAAUCAAAUUUCACAAAUAUACAUGAAUUUUAUUUUCUUUUCUUGGUCAGAUAUUCAUAUAUUAAAGCCAGCAUAUAUUGAAGAAAUUUUGGCCAUAUGUAAACAUACAAAAAUGAAAUUAUGCUGGUUGACACUUGGAACUGCUAUUUAUAAAUAUAGUCAAGAACAUUCUGAAAUUCCUCAACCAGUUACAGAAGCUGUAGCACAUUUGUCAUCAUAUAUUAGCACUGACUGUAUUAUUGAUGAUAUAACAUUUCCUUCAGAAUAUACUACAACUGAUGAUAAAAUUGAAUAUCUUCUUACAAUUAUAAAGACAAUUGGAAAUAUUGGUGAUAUUGCUAGACUUUCCCAUAAUGAUAUCAUCAGGCAAUUGUAUUCAUGUGCAAUUUCUAAGGAGUCAACUACAGAAAUUGCUGUUGCUGCUAUAAAGGCAAUGUUUAAAAUGAAGCCAACUAAUUAUAUACAUAAAAAACUUAUUUAUUUAAUGAAAGAUAAUACACAAUCAGUUGCAGUUAGACUUGCUGCAUAUGAUAUUUUAGUUCAUCUAUUCAGUGAUGAUGAAUUAGCUCAGGACAUAGCUAUACUACUUAGAGAAGAGAAGAGCAGUCAAAUUAAAUGUUAUAUAGCAUCAGAUAUUCAAAAAUUGGAAGAAAACUAUGGAUCAAAUAGGAGAAGAUGUACUAAAUUAAAAUUGUAA